AUGGUUAUCCCUGCUUUCAAUGGAACUUCAAGACAGAAAAAUCUGGGAUUAGCCCCCACUCACCCAGGACCCAGGAGGAAUAUCAGCCCCCCUCCCUCAGAAAAUAAAAAUCUGAACCCACCUAAAAUUCAAGAAGCCCUGUUACCCCAAUCAACUGGAAAACAGCCACUCAAGUCACCAGGAUCCAGGACAGUAGUAGAAAAUAAGACUUACCCUCCUGGAACCAAGGCCAAAUCCCCUACCUUGCCCUUGGAAAAUUCAAAAUUAAACCAAAGAAACUUCACAGAAAGAUCACAUACACCUGAAAGCACCCUUGGCCCCCUUCCUUCUGAUCUGGGAAGAACAGAAAAAUUGAGCAUUGCUUACAGACCCAAAGAUGGAAUGCCUUUCACCAAGGAAGAAUAUGCUAGAAAGGAUUUGAAAUUCUUG